GUCUUCUGUGUAGGCAGGAGACACUUGUGCGUGGCAGGCUUGUGAGUCUGUCUCACGGAGGGUAGAGUAUGUUUCCAACCAGUCAAUUUCCCUUUCUGACUCCUUGAUGCUCCUCAGCCUACUCACCUCCUCCCGAAGCUCCGCCACCAGGCCAAGCAAUUCUUCAACCAGGGCACACCUCCACCAGGCAUUCCCCCUGCUGCUGCUGUCAGACACCGACAAAGACUCGGGCACACCCUGCAGCCCAAGACCUGGACAGCUGCGUGUUUCCCCAAGACCUCCAUCUUGUCACAUUGGUGACUGCUGGAGAGGCUGCAAGAGAUGUCGAGGCCAUGGUUUUCUGUCUGGAUACCAUGGCCAGCACCUACUGCUUGUACCUUCCUCAAAAGCACCCAAGGGUGGUCAUUUCAGAAUAAAAAAUAAAAUACCAGAUAUUAAGCGAUUCCUGAAUCUGAAGUAGGGCAAUAUUUCAUGUAUUGUGGGCUUAGUUUUUUCCUGGGUUAGCUGCAAAAAUGAUGUGACUCCAUUGGAAAGCACAGCCUUACUUUUCAAUUACCAUCAGAAAGCAGGGCCUUUACCUACUUAUCACAGCUGAUAAUUCUUACCUCUUAGUAUAUGCCAGAUCAUCUCUGAACAGCAGAGAUAUUUCAGGUUUGGUUCCACAAGACUUAAGGUGUCAUUUUCCACAGGACUUACAGUGUCAUUAAACAGAGUUUUAGAAGCUCCAAAUCUACAGACAGACUUGGUGUAGGAGUUGUUUAGUCUCAACCCCAAUAUCUGUUGUUUACUUAUGAAUUAUUUGAAUAAUGAGAUGAUUGAGUAACUGGAGUAUACACAGGACACCCUGAGAACAAUUGUAUACAAAGUGGUGUUAAUAUGCAAUCUAACAUAACUGAAUACUGAAUUGCAGUUGAUGAGAUAUGUUACCAGACUAUUUAGUGGUAACAUUUGGCUUACCACACAGGCUCCCUUACGCUAUGGCUGUAUGGACAUAUUUGUCCCAUAGACAUAUCUAUGACAUAUUUGGCUAUGGCAUUAUGAAGCUCCACAGUAAUCUGGUAAUGUAGGAUUUCUUGACAUUAAUGACAAAUUCAAGCAUUACAGGCUGCUGAUAGUGCUCCAGUUUUCUGAGAAGGUCAGAGAAUAUUUCCUGCAGAAGAGCAGCCAACAGUCUUCCUCAGAUUUCUCUUCUGGCUACCCCAUGUUCAAUCAACAAUAUGGAAAGAAGUUAGCGUUUACUUAUCCAGUUCCUAAUGCUCUAUGAGGAGGUCAUUAAUAUAUACAUAUUUCUGUUAUAUUGCCAUCUCAUUAACUGAAUAACAGACUUCCUACAUUAUCUUCCUAAAAGGUUUUCUGCUUAUGUAUAUUUGUCUUCCAUGAUGUAGCCUACAGGUCUUAUGAGUAAUCAGACCUUCCAAUGGCAACUAAGAAAAGGGCAAGAAGAAACAGCUUUUAUUAAGGGUGUGUCAGAGUCUGGUGCGAACAUGAAAGAGGAGGGAGCUAUGGAGGGGCGGGGAGUCACCAGCCCUAGAAGCACAGGGAGUGGUUACCAGUGGGACUGUAUAACGGGGUAGGCUGACAUGGUUCACCUGUCUGGACGCAGUGUGGCAAAGCUUAGACUAAUUAAUCUCAGUGCUGAUGCACAUCUGGCUGCGCAGAUGGCUCCACAGACUGGCUCCACUGAAAAGGAGACAAAACCCAUUUCAGCCUUUCCACAGCAGCUCACUUGGGAAGAGAUCAAAAUCCACAAUGGCCGUGGCCAAAGUCAGCAGCAGUGGCUGGUGAUUGACAAUGUUUACGAUGUCAGCACGUUUUCCAAACAGCCCCUGGAGGCAGCCGAGUUUAUUAGCCACUAUGCUGGGCAAGAUGCGACGGAUGCCUUUGUAGCAUUUCACAAUGACAAGGCUCUGGUGAGAAAAUACUUGAAAUCGCUGCUGAUCGGGGAGCUGGCACCAGAUCAACCCAGCUUUGAGUCUAAUAAAAAAAAGUCGCUUUUAGAGGACUUUCGUGAGCUGCGCUGCACUGUCGAGAAGAUGGGACUUCUGAAGCCAAAUUACACCUUUUUCUUCAUGAUUUUUCUUCACCUCCUGGUACUGGAUGCUGCAUCCUGGCUCAUGAUCUGGUACUUUGGGAUAUCCUUAGUGCCUUUCCUUGUUGGCAUGGCGUUCUUCACCAUUGCUCAGAUCCAGAUGGGCUGGUUCCAACAUGAUCUGGGACACUGCUCUGUCUUCAGGAAGCCUAAAUGGAAUCAUCUGCUGCAGAUCAUUGUGAUAAAUGUUCUGAAGGGGUUACCUGCUAGCUGGUGGAAUCAUCUGCACAACCAGCACCAUGCCAAACACUGCUUCCGCAAAGACCCUGAUCUCAAUAUGCACCCUCGUCUUGUUCAGCUUGGGAAAGACACUCUCAGUGGAGCUUGGAAAAAAAAAAGAAGAAGUUUCAUGCCUUAUAAUUAUCAGCAUAAAUAUUCAUCUGUUUUGGCUCCACUUGCCCUUGUAACCCUUCCUUCCAGCUGUCCUAUUCUACUUGCAAUCAAGAGGAAAAAGUGGUUGGAGCUGUUAUUGAUUGUGUCUUUCAACAUCCGAGUUUGUCUCAUGUAUGUUCCUUUAAUGGGAUUUAACAAUUGCAUGGUGUAUUACUGGAUGUCCAGGUAUCUAGAGAGUACAUUUAUUUGGGUCUCGCAGAUGAAUCACAUUCCAAUGAACAUUGAUUAUGAUAAGAACAAAGACUGGGUAUCUACUCAGCUCCAUGCAACGUGCAAUGUGAACCAAUCUCUGUUCAAUGACUGGUUCACUGGGCACUUGAACUUUCAAAUUGAACACCACCUUUUCCCCACAAUGCCUCGACAUAACUACUGGAAAGCAGCUCCUCUUGUGAAAGCCCUUUGUGACAAGCAUGGCAUUGAGUAUAAAAGCAAGACUUUACUCAGAGCCUUUGUAGAUAUUUUGCACUCACUGAAGGAGUCUGGGGAACACUGGCUUGAAGCCUAUCUGCAUGGAUAGAAACUGGCAGCUCUCAGAGGGAACCUCUUCACCAGACAGCUGCUGCAAAGAGUCAGUGAAGACAGAGUGUCUGUGGCUUUUGGCAUAGGAACUUGGGAGCUGGGCAAAGCUACUUUCAGAAAGAAAGGGGUGGGGAAUGGAUUAAAGAUGCCUUUUUUUCCUUGUUCUGAACCACAAUAAUUCUAUUUUGCGCUGCUCUCAAACUCAGCAUUCAGAGCCAUGUUAAAGUCGGCCUUUAAAUCUGGGAGAAGUAGCUCUUGAAUCAGCUUGGCCAAUUUACUGUGUAGGUGAGGGAUGAAAGCAGCCCAGCUUCUUGCUUAUGGGAAAAUUUAAAUGGAAAUUCAUAGUGGUGGCUUAGUGGCUCAGUGAAAAUGGAUAGGACAAAUCAAACUGCAGGAAGUCAGAACACAUUAGGAUGGGGGGUGAUCUUUAAAGGAUAUUCUAGAAUAGAUAAAAUAGGUAUACAAAAAGAACAAGAUGGUCCGGGGUAUGUUGCCAGCACUAGUGAUCACAUCUGCACUACUUGCUCUAACUAGUGAUUUUAGGUGUUAUAAAAUGUACUGUUCAUGAAUUGCAUAGGGAAGUAGAUAACUGGAUGCUAAGUUUUACACCUAAAAGAGCUAGUUUAAAUGCAGUCAAAAAUAAUACAUACUAUACAGACUUUUUGAUGUAUAAAUAUAUGUAUUUAAUUGAGUGGUGACUGCUGUCUGAUUAGCUUUCUGAUUUGAUGCUUUAUACAUUCUUGCUGAUGUUAGAGUACUUCUAAAACUCUUAGUUUCAGUAGACCAGCUCUGAAUGAGACUCAGGAACCUAGGCAUUGAGGAGUGGUUCCAGAUCACAAGGUUAUAUAGGGUCCUAUAUUUGCUUUUAUUGACUUUUAUAUGUAUUAAUUUUUAUCUAAAUACUUAUUUCCAAGUGAUUUCAAGGACAUAUGGGAAUCUGCAUACCUAGGCUGUUAGGCAACUAAGUUUCCUGUAUCCAAAAAAAAAAAAACAAAACCAAUUAAAUGAUACCUAUAAAUCAAACUCUCAUUCCAUGAAGGCCUUUCUGGUCCUCACAAAUUUUUCCUCUGCUUCAGCAUCCCCAGGAACCAGCUCCUUUCCUGGAACUAACUCAUAGGUUUUGUACCCUGUACUUAGCUGUUUGGCCCCAAGAAGGACCUAGCCCCUCCUUACUUAUGGUCCUGUGCAUUUUCUGCUAGCAGAAAGUGUAAUGACAGCCUGUGUGGAAAGCACAGUAGGUCUCUAAGAACAGCAGAAUUCUCCUAUUGGUUUGUGAGAGAGCCAACAAAAUGAAGAAGCUAGGAGGAGUAGGCCUGCAGUGGAGUAUCUUCACUGAAAGUCCUUUAAAGUUAUGGGAAAGGUAAACUGUGAAUGAGAAGACAGAGCUGAGAUGAAAUGGAGGAUGUAUGAAAGAACAGAGGAGAUGUGUGGACAUCAGUUAGUAGCAGGACAAAAACAAAAAGUUGAGUAAUGAUAACAUGGCUAUUUGGAAAAGCUAGAAUAAAGGAAAAAAGAGAAAUCUAAGAAUAACAAUAAAGUACCUCUUCGUGAUUCUUAGAUUGAUAGUCAGUAUCUGUUUUAGAAAGAGCAUAUGACCUGUGAUUAUUCUUGCUGACCUUGCAAAGGAAUUAUCGAAUGUCACUUUCUAAAAUGAGUUAUAACAAAUAUAGUCCAUUAUGAGACAACUGAGCCACACUAGCAGAACCUGUAUUGUAGUGUAUUUACCUAACUGACCUAAAACUGUGAAUGCAGUUUGUAAUGCCAAAUAAGUAGACAAUGUGCCUGCAAGAGCAAAGACCAAGUGGAAGAAAAGGAAUUCUUCUCUUCUGCCAUUCAAAUCCAGAACUCUGUGCCUCAGGCUUUCAGUGGACAAACCACUCAGAAGAGGAAAACAAAAGACCUUAAAGUGAAAUAUCACUGUGGACAAGCAGACACAUCUGCAACCCAUUGAGGAGCAAAUUGCAUGCAUUACAAGCUACAGACAACAUCAGUGUUCUUCUAAGUGACAAAUAUUACCAAGCCCAUAAGUUAAAGAUUCCAAGAGAAAAAGCAGGAGGAGUUUGGACUUUUUUUUUUUAAGAACGCGUCCAUUUUUUUUAGUUACAACUUGCAUGUGCAGGUACUAAUAACACUCAUUUAUUUAUUUCCUAAAAAUAGCCAACAGAUGUCAUUGAAAAAGAUUUAGAUUAAAACAUACUGUUAUUCAGAAACUGCUUUGAGUGUAAUUUGAAAAUCCCUUCUAACUACUAUCUAAAAUAAUUCUGUUUUUCCAAAGCUGAGGUCAGUUAUCCACAAUUAUGUGUAACAGUAGUAACAUUUUUUAAGAAGUAGUUAAGUGUUAGUACUGUCUUAAGAUGAAUGCAGGGGUUUCACUGCCUCCUCUACUUGGUAAAAGAUGAAGACAUUUUAAAAUGCUCUUCCUGGUGAAGGUAAUUUAAGUAUUAAGGAUCCCUAUGCUUUAUUACUAGUGAGACUUAAAAGCUGUGGAGAUCUUGGGUCCUGCUGAAAUUCUCUAAAGACAUGACUGACACAAAAUGGUUCUUCCUGGUUUCAGUCUCAUGAAUCAAUGUGAUUAUUCAUUUCAUUUUGCUAGUGUUCUACUUGUUUGAAUGUAUUAAUUGAUUGAGUCAGUCUUUUUGCAAUCUCCUUUUAAUUAAAAUAUUUGUCUCCUUAACUGAUCCUACAGUGGGCUCUGUGUCAAUAUUGAUUUCUCUCUUUACCUGUUUCGUAAAGGUUAUUAACAUGUAUGAAGCUGGUGUAGCUUUGUCUAGUUCUAACAUAGUUCACAAACUUCAAGAGUUUGGGGUAAUUCCUGGUGAGCAGUUGGCAAGCCACUUAAUUUGGCAUUCAAAAUUCUUCAUAAAUUUAAUGUUCCCUGAAAGGCACUGUGUGU